UCCACUGGGCCUGGGAGAUGGACAGCUCUAUACCUGGACAGAUGGCUUGAAAAGAAAGGACUGGCAUAACUAUGAAAGCAUUCAGAAAGAUGCUAUGCGUACAGGGAAAGGUGAGCAUGGAAAGCCAUAUCCUCUAACGGAGGAUGACCGAGAUGAUUCUGCUUAUAGGGAGAAUGGCUUCAACAUACUUGUUAGUAACAACAUAGCCCUGGAACGAUCACUGCCAGACAUUCGACAUCCAAACUGUAAGCACAAAGUAUACUUGGAAAAGUUGCCAAAUACUAGCAUAAUUAUCCCAUUUCAUAACGAAGGAUGGACUUCACUCUUGCGAACCAUAUACAGCAUUAUCAACCGGACUCCAGACAUCCUUAUAGCUGAAAUCAUUCUUGUGGAUGACUUCAGUGACAGAGAACACUUGAAAGAGAAGUUGGAGGAGUACAUGGCCCGUUUUACCAAAGUGAGGAUUGUGCGCACCAAGAAACGAGAAGGGCUGAUUCGGACCAGAUUGCUAGGAGCCUCGAUGGCUAAAGGAGAAGUCUUGACGUUCCUGGAUUCCCAUUGUGAAGUCAACGUGAAUUGGCUGCCUCCAUUGCUUAACCAGAUUGCACUAAACCACAAAACCAUUGUGUGUCCCAUGAUCGAUGUCAUUGACCACAAUCACUUUGGCUAUGAGGCACAGGCGGGGGAUGCCAUGCGAGGAGCCUUCGACUGGGAAAUGUACUACAAAAGAAUACCGAUUCCUCCAGAGCUCCAGAGGUCUGAUCCCAGUGACCCCUUUGAGUCUCCUGUUAUGGCUGGAGGUCUGUUUGCUGUUGACCGAGAGUGGUUUUGGGAGCUGGGUGGCUAUGAUCCAGGCUUAGAAAUAUGGGGAGGAGAGCAGUAUGAAAUCUCCUUUAAGGUUUGGAUGUGUGGAGGUGGCAUGUUUGACGUUCCAUGUUCUAGAGUUGGACACAUUUACAGGAAGUAUGUCCCUUAUAAAGUUCCAUCUGGAACCAGCCUGGCACGAAACCUGAAGCGUGUGGCAGAGACAUGGAUGGAUGAGUUUGCAGAGUAUGUUUACCAGCGGCGGCCCGAGUACAGGCAUCUCUCAACAGGAGAUAUCUCAGCCCAAAAGGAGCUACGAAAGCACCUUAAGUGCAAGGACUUCAAGUGGUUCAUGGCUGCAGUGGCAUGGGAUGUCCCUAAAUAUUACCCUCCUGUGGAGCCCCCACCUGCUGCCUGGGGGGAGAUUCGAAAUGUGGCAGCCAAUCUCUGUGUGGACAGUAAACAUGGGGCCACAGGGACGGAGCUGAGGCUAGAUGUUUGUGUGAAGGACGGCUCAGAACGGACGUGGUCACAUGAACAGCCCUCAAAUCCAGGACAAGAAAGAAACAGGAAAUCAAGCUGCGACUGUUAAUGAUGGAGCAUUCCCUUCAACCUGGUGUGGAGCCAGGCUCUUCGGUUCCACGUGUGACCAAGCCCCUGUCCACAUCAGUAGCUACCUCAGAGCGCUCAAAGCCUUUGGUACCAUCUGUCAGGGAGAAGCAUACUGUCCGCUCGGCUCCGCGACUACAGUCAGCACCAUAACUACAUGCAGUACCGCAACACUUGAGGUACCUAAUGAACUUAUCGGUGACUGCUGAUCCAGAGUCUCCAUUGCUCACCAGUAUCAAGAGCCAUGGAGGAAACAGGGAUUACUUCAGCUGAGCACAUAUUGCUUGGUGGCAGCAAUCUUAGCUGCCACCACCACCCCCAUAUAGACCUCAAUGGCCAUAUUAGGACCCAGGGGCAGUUAUCACCAACAGUUCUCCAAGGCCCCAACCCUGUCCCAUCAGAAUGAUAGGGAGGCACAAAAUUUUCCUUCCCAACACAUCAUUCAACAGGAUAUGUUUGUGGAUCAAGAGGCUAGGGCAGGCAAAGAAGUUACCCCUCAGACUACCAUCUUGUCCUCAUCACCUGAUGAGGUGGUAAUGUAUCCUUCUCUUUCUAUGGAUGAUGAUUUUCAGCAAUUGCAAGAACCUGUCAAACAGGUGACAGACUCACUACAGAUCACUACAGACUCUCAAGUAAAUCAAAGAAUCACAACCCAAAUGGUUGGAUAUUCUCCAUUCUGCAACUCCAUCCAGAGUCAUCUGCCCUCUGAAUGAGGCU